AUGGCUACUAUCACCAACUUCUGUGCUGCUCUGUCUGUCGCCAUCAUCUUUGCCAUUUCACAUGCUACAAGUUCGACAAGCGAGCCUACAAUUUCAGCUUCUCCAUCUGUUCUACCGUAUGUAACGGCACCCAAUAUGUCCUCAUUUUUCCCCUCUCCGAGUGUUCAAGGGCCUCCAAGUUCUACCACUCCACCUAAUUCAGAGACACUUGCGCCAGUACCAAGCUCAGGCCAGUUUGUGGGAAAAAGCUCCUCCGAUUCUACUAGGCUUGACAGUGGCAUCCUCAUUUCAGGUUUUGGGCUUCUCGAUUUCAUUGACUCAAGUCCAAGCUCAGGUACUCUCACCUCCCAUCAAUCUGCUAUCAAGAUGAAUGACCCUGCUUCAGACAACUCAGACGUAGGACUCCAUCUCACACUUGACGACUCAACUGCUGAUCAAGAUAAGUUGCAGAAACCAAAUGAUGCUGUUGAUGCACUUCAAAGUGACAUUAUCCUGAACAACCAUAUUGCACUAUUUAAAUUCAAAUGCAUAACUAUAGUGUAUAUCUAUAAGAAACCCUGGCAGUGCCGGUGUGAGCCAGUGGAACACAUACAAAUAUCUGCGAGCGUCAUCGUCGCUUUCAUUUCUGUAUUCCGACCUCCGACCUCUUGUAACUCCCAUACAGUCAGAUUCAUUCUCUCCGCCCCUCUCUGGUUUCUUCCAAUGGCUCUCUCAGAAAAAACAUCGCGUCAGUCUCUGAUCCCCAGCUUCCUCUACUCUUCUUCUCUCUCCCACAAAACCCUACCUCUCGAUAAUAUCAUUUCCCCCCCUAAUCUUAACACCCUCUUCUCUCAACCCUCGUCUCCCAGUAGCAACGUCUUUGUUCCCGCCCCUAGCGAGCCUUCCAAGAAGAUCGAGAUGUACUCCCCACAAUUCUACGCCGCCUGUACCUUCGGAGGCAUCCUCAGCUGUGGUCUCACUCACACGGCCGUCACUCCCCUCGACCUCGUCAAAUGCAAUAUGCAGAUUGACCCUGCAAGGUACAAAAGCAUCCCAUCUGGGUUUGGAGUGUUGCUGAAGGAGCAGGGCGCCAGAGGCUUGUUCAGGGGUUGGGUACCAACCUUGCUUGGUUACAGUGCUCAGGGUGCUUGCAAGUUUGGAUUCUACGAAUUCUUUAAGAAGUACUACUCUGACAUUGCUGGACCUGAGUAUGCAUCCAAGUACAAGACCUUGAUCUAUCUUGCUGGUUCUGCAUCUGCUGAGUUCAUUGCAGAUGUUGCACUUUGCCCUUUCGAGGCAGUGAAGGUCCGUGUUCAAACACAGCCUGGUUUUGCUAGAGGUCUUUCAGAUGGGCUUCCUAAGUUUGUUAAAUCUGAAGGCGUUCUGGGAUUGUACAAGGGUAUAGUUCCUCUGUGGGGACGUCAGAUUCCAUAUACAAUGAUGAAGUUUGCAUCUUUUGAGGCCAUUGUGGAGAAUAUUUAUAAGUAUGCCAUCCCCACUCCGAAGGACCAGUGUAGUAAAAGUCUGCAGCUUGGUGUGAGUUUUGCUGGUGGAUAUGUGGCUGGUAUAUUCUGUGCUAUUGUGUCUCAUCCUGCUGACAAUCUUGUCUCUUUCCUCAACAAUGCCAAAGGGGCAACUGUCGGUGAUGCCGUGAAGAAGCUAGGUUUGUGGGGUCUGUUUACCCGCGGGCUUCCUCUCCGUAUUGUCAUGAUUGGAACUCUUACUGGAGCUCAGUGGGGAAUCUAUGACGCCUUCAAAGUUUUCGUGGGAUUGCCAACCACUGGCGGGAUCACUCCUGCUGCUCCCACUGAUGCAACCGAGCUUGCAAAGGUGUAGGAUUGCUGAUGAUCAGCAUAAUUUUUGUCAUUUCAAGGAAGUUAGGAAAGACAUCCUACGGGGGCAAAAUAAACAGAGGAUUGCUGAAUCUGUUUUGAUGGCUCCCAAGGCAGUGGGGGAGUAAUAGUAUUUAUUCUUUUGAAUAUGGAACUGUAUCCAAUUUUCCUAGUGUGAAGGAUGGUUUUGUUCUCAUCCUUCUGACUGCUCUAAUACUUAGUUAGGGCUAUAAUGAAUUUGCACACUGAUGUUUGGAUCGUGUUUCCCCGCAAGCACGGGUCAAAAAAUAAUGGGCGCAUUGAGUGA